GAUAUCACGUACAUGGUGAUGAAGACCAAUGGAGAGAUGGCUUCCCUUGCGGCUAAGUUCCAGACUCCAAUGAGAGUAUGACAGUGGGAGUCUGGCCCAAAGUUGCACAGGUCACCUGUUGGAGUGCUGGUUGGUGGUCUGCAGACAGGAGGCGCCUGUGCGUGGUAUGUAAGCCCUUCCGGGAUUUAGAUGUUUACUGGGUAGUCGGUUCAAGCCAAAGUCAGGUACCAGCCGAGGUCAUACACAGAGGAGCGAGAGAGAGAGUAUCUGUAAGCCAAGUCGAGGUC